AUGUCUAUUUCACCAUUCCUUCGCUCACCGUUUACGGACCUCACGGGUGGCUUGACCUCCCAUCAAAUGUUGGGUAAAUGCCAAAAGGAGGAAAUGCGCUAUAUGGAAUGCUUGGAGGCUUACGGUCUGGAUCGCGGCCGAGUAAAAUGCGCCCACCUCUUUGGCGACUUCCAUGAGUGUCAAACAAUGACCAAACAAUUCAAGAGGUUUAUGGCAAUGAGAAGAGAAAGAGACAGACAAAUUGCUGAAGGAAAACUAAAAGGCGAUGAAAAAUAUGUUACUCCAAAGCUGGACAGCUACUAA